AUGCGGCUAAUUCACACCCGGACGCUUGAGCUCUUGGAGUUCUCCGGCGACAAGAUACCCGAGGAAUACGCCAUCCUGUCUCACACAUGGGAAGAUGAGGAGGUCACUUUUCAAGACUGGCAGGAUCUGAGUGUUGCCAAGAAGAAGAAAGGCUUCUUCAAAAUCGACAAGGCAUGCAAACAGGCUCAAGCGCAUGGUUUGAAUUACCUCUGGGUCGACACAAAUUGCAUUGAUAAGAGUAGCUCAGCAGAACUGAGCGAGGCGGUCAACUCCAUGUUCAGCUGGUAUCAAGAGGCUACCACUUGUUAUGCAUUUCUAUCCGACGUUAAACCAAUGCCUCGAGAGUGCGAAAGCGUGACAGAGGACUAUGUAAAGCAUUUCUGCGAAAGCAAGUGGUUUACUCGCGGUUGGACGCUUCAGGAGCUUUUGGCUCCUUUCGCGAUAACUUUCUUCUCUCUGGACUGGUCGGAAAUAGCCUCUCGCUCAACAAUGGCACAGGCCAUUUCUGAGACAACCCGAAUCGAUACGGAAUACCUCCAAGGGAAUCGGCGGUAUAAGAAGGCGAGUAUAGCACAAAAGAUGUCUUGGGUAUCCAGAAGAGUUACUACAAGAGUCGAAGACAUGGCAUACUGCAUGUUGGGUAUCUUCGAAAUCAAUAUGCCAUUACUCUACGGGGAAGGAACUAAGUCGUUCACAAGACUACAGGAGGAGAUUAUUCGGCACUCGAACGAUCAGACUAUAUUCUGUUGGACCUGGGUUGACCUGGUGCCUCCCGGAUGGGCCAGUUUGCUCGCUCCUUGUCCACAAGCAUUCAGGUACUCAGCAAACUAUGUCAGCGUCGAUUCCAGAAUCAUCAACAAAGUCACAUUCAAGAUGACCAACGCCGGUCUUUCGAUUGUUCUUCCAGUCGCCCAAACCUGCCUGCGUGCCACUCCAGGGAUAUCUAGACACGGACCGGAUGGGAAGGAGAGGCGCUAUGCAAAGAAUCCCAUUUCCUCCAGGACCGGUAUCUGUCUAUCCUCCGUGGGUCUUGUGCCAAUCGCAGUUAUACGUGAGGUCCAACCCAUCUCCCGGACCUUUUUUGUCUACUGCCUCGUCUUGCACACCUUCGAGACGCAAUCAGUAUUCCUUUUUGCUUGUCUUUGA